GUCAUCGUCCUUAGUUCAAUAUGUCUGAUUAAGCUCCACUACCGUUCAAUGGACAUUCCCCUAUGAUCUACAACACAGCCAACGUUUCUCAUCUCAUGCAGUGUCCGAUUAGUUAACAAAAUGUGGACAACAAUGAAAACAUAUUCCAUGCAUGAUGAAGAAGAUAUUGAUGAAAUAUUAUUAAACAUUAAGAAUGAAUUUAACAACGUUUUUGAGUUUAAUAGGAAAAGUAUUCAAAAUUCUAACACGAGAACUAUAACCGGUAUGGAUUUAAUUUUGCUCAAAGCAAAUCUUACUCCAUUACAAAUUCAAAAAACAAACUCUUCAAAAUCUCUGUUAAGAAAAAACAGUAAAAAGUAUUUUGUAAGUUGUAUAAACAUCAAAAACAAUAAGGGUGAAUACUUCAGUUCAUUAGUGAAUAAUUUAUGUGAAAAUGAUAGAAUAGUUUUAAUUAAUGGAGUUGUUCUUAAACAGUUUACUAUUUGCAAUUCUAACAAAUUAACUGUUUUAGUCCGACCACAAGACCACUCUUCAGUUAUCUUAUUUAAAUAUAAACAUUUGUUAGAAAAAUCGAAUUCCAUACUUGAAAAAAAUCUUUCACUAUUAACUGGUUCUGGUGUUUAUUCAAUAUUUGGAAAUAUUAAAAAAAUCGUAAGGUUUAAUGAUGAUGAUGAGGUACUAUCAUUAACAUUACUAAGUUGUGAUAAAUCCAAAUUAAAAACCCUCAAAUAUUCUCAUUUUGGUAGUGGAUACAAAAAUAUAAAUAAAGAAACAGCAUCUGGGGUAAAAUAUGAUUUUUGUUCAAACAGAGUUGAUAUUUUAGUUAAAACCCCAAGUAACGAUUUUAAUUCAUUGUCACUUAAUCAACGAAUAAGCUUAAACGAUGUUAAAGUUGAAAAUAUUAAUGAUUCAGACAUAUUUUUACUGCAUAUGAAUGGAUAUAGUCAUAAUAUUAAAGCUGAUCCAAUAGAAACUGGUAUUGUAAAUUCUCUUCGACCUCCUACUAGACAUUUUUCAAUACCAAGUGAAUUAAAACAUGCGACUAAGCUUAAAUUGAAAAAAAUGUCCAAUGAUGUCAAAUUAGUUUUAACUGAUAAUAUUCAGGAGCUGAAUACAAAUAUUUCUCCGUUGGAAACAGAACGUUUAAAUGUUCAACAAUGUGAACAUAAUAAUAUACAAUUUGUAAAUUUGUCUGAUGAUGAUGAUGAUGAUGAUGAUGAUGAUGAUAUUGUUAAUUUGUCACCGUGUCAAGAUUUUUUAACAUCUACACAGAUUAAGAAAAAGGACAAUUAUGUGCACAGCAGUGCUGGUUCACUUGGCAAAAAAAAAGUUGAUAUUAUUGAUGACAAUUCAUUACCUAUCAAACAUUUAAGAUCAGAUAAUGAAGUCCAAAAGUGUAAUGAAAACUCAUUACUCACUUCAUCAAAUAAAGAUACCUUUUUGCAAAGAAACACUUCACCAAGCUCUUCCACAGAUGGUUCAUGUUCACCUAGUUUCUUUAACAGUCAACCAGAAACAUCAACAUUAAAUCGAGAAACUCAAUCAAAUAAUUUUAAACUGAAUAAUGUAAAUGAACCCACACAAUGUAUAGGUCCUUGUAGACUUAUACAUACUGUACCAAACAUAUUUGAUAAUAAUGAAAUUGUUAGUGGAUACUGUACAAAAUGCAACGCAUUUAUUCAGAAAUGUUACCUCAAAUCUAUAACUCAAUCUUCAAAAGUGGAGUACAAGUGUCCUACAUGUUUUAGUAUUGUACAUCUUACAUUUUUUUUUAUGAUGAAUUUCCUUUAUGGAAAAAAUGAUUCACAAGCUAUAGAAGUAUGCUGUUAUGAUAAAAACGCUGAACGUAUUAUUGGAAAGAUUUUAAAGAUAAAAAUGAUGAAUAUUGAAGAAUAUUUAUCAAACCAAAAUAAUAGGCAAUUAGUUAUAAAUUCCAUGAAAUCUCUCAUAAAUAAUAGAACAAAAGUUAAUAUAAUUGUUUGUCUUUCACCAGACGAUAACAAAAACAUACUUCUGGGAUUAGACACAAAAUAUGUUGUUACAACCCCUACACAAUAAACAAAAUUAUUAUUUUCUGCUUAUUUAUUUUAUAUUGCUAUUGUAAUUUGUACAUAACCCUUAUAAUUUUUUCAUAAUGUUUAUUAAUUGUAUUAUAUUAAUUGUAUAUUGUGUGAUUUAAG